GCGGGCACCGAGUCGUCUGGCAAGACUGCGGGCACCGAGUCGUCUGGCGGAACAGCGGGCAUCGAGUCAACUGGCGGAACAGCAGGCACCGAGUCGUCUGGCAAGACUGCGGGCACCGAGUCGUCUGGCAAGACUGCGGGCACCGAGUCGUCUGGCAAGACUGCGGGCCCCGAGUCAAAUGGCGGAACAGCGGGCACCGAGUCGUCUGGCAAGACUGCGGGCACCGAGUCGUCUGGCAAGACUGCGGGCACCGAGUCGUCUGGCAUUGGAUCGUCUGGCUCGACAGCGGGCAUCGGGUCACCAGGCAUCAGGUCAUUUGGCUCACCAGCGGGCACCGCGUCAUCUGGCAAGGCAGUGGGCACCGAGUCACCAGGUACGACAGCAGGCUCUGAGUCAAUUGGCCUAAUAGGAUCAUCAGGCUGGAUC